CAUGGCUCCUAUAAUUGUCGGCUUCCCGUCGUUUGAGGGUUCCAGUAUUCUCGAAACAUCCGUUCCCCAAAAGCAAAAUGGUGGACAAUGGCACGGCGUUCUGAUGACGGCGAGUUCGAAACACUUUUCCAAAAUGGAGAUCCUGAAGAUAGGAGGAAGGACUUGAAUUGGCGCCUCUGGAUCAAGAAUUAUUUGGGUGUGACCGCCUGCCUGGCAUCCGGGAUUUUCACAGGUUUGGUGCCGGCAACGUUUCGAUAUGUACAAGACAGGGGAUACACGGCGUUCCAGCUGAACUUCUUCAGCGACCUGCUACUCAUCUCAGUGGUUCUGUGCGUCGCUGUUUACAACAAGACGAACCUCAUCCCAACCAGCUACAAUCAGGCCCUAUGCUUGGUUUUCGAAGGAGUAGGGCGCUUCUUCGCCCUCCUUUGCCUGUUCUCUGCCUAUCGGUACCUUCCUCCAGCCAACGCGGAUACCGUCAUAAACCCAGGCAAGAUCGUCUUCGUUGCGAUUCUUUCCUGCCUUUUUCUUCAAGAGAUCCCAACACCUGUCACCAUGUUUGGCAGCCUGUGGUGCAUAGCAGGUGUAGCACUGAUUGGUUAUAGCGGUAUGACAAAAGAGGUCCCGGCCACGACGGUCGACUCAGAGAACGUUGCUCUCGGAAUGACGCUGGCCAUCGUUGCAGGCUUGAUUACCUCGAUGCUAACGGUUAACAUCAAAGGCUUACUGUCAUCCGGCACCACCAGAACGAUGAUUUUGACCUACGCUUACAGCAUAUCUACAGUGUUGGCAGGGGCAGCGACGACUUUUACGAGUAAAACGUGGAUCCUUGAGCCUACAGCUGCCGCAGUCCUGUGUGCAGGUCUUUUAGGUCAGUUCGGAGGAACCGUUCUCCUGUACGUUGGCCUGAAGCUGGUUGAGGUCAAUGCUGCAACUGCCCUGAGGCAAGUCGACGUGUUUUCGGCCUUCGGACUACAGUGGGCGAUCAUCGGUUUUGUUCCGACUAUUUUUGAUGGUUUUGGUCUGACGUGUAUAUUCAUAGGAACGUUUUCUAUUGUUAUAUGGGAGGCACUGGUCAGUCGGAAGAAAGAGAAACACGUUAGAUUCAUGAAAGAAUUGGAGUUCAUUCAAAUUCCCACACAUCCAGACGAUGACUUGUCUUAAAACUGCUGUACUGCUGGCUUUUUGUUUGUUUGUUCAACGAGUUUACCUUUACUAGUUUAUUCCUAAUCUCUUUCCUGUAGCUGUAUCCUUGUGUCUGUAUUAGCUGUUAUACAUGACAGUAGAGUGCUGUUUGAAACAUAUUUUUGUACUGAUUAGGCCAUGC